AUGCUCUUCUCCAACAUCCUCCUCCUCGCCGGCCUCGCAGCCGCGCUUCCCAACCCCAUUGAGGAGGACACCACUCUUGAGACCCGCGACGCCGGUGGCAUCGACCUCCUGAAGCUCCGCGUCAGCAAGAAGGCCACCUUCAAGGGCGUCGGCGUCCCUGGACGAUGCAACAACUUCCCCUCCAACAUCAAGACCUUCGACCUCGACUCUCCUGAUACCAAGUCCAUUCUCAGCUGCUUUGAAUGCACUGUCUGGACUCGACCUGGUUGCCAGGGUGACUCUGUCACUCUUGAGGGACAGCGCGCUUUCUCGGCCAAGUCUGGUAAGAAGCCUACUUACAAGAGCUGGAAGUGUCAGUGCAAGGGUGGGUGCUAG